GUGAAAGGAAAAUGGUGGCGUACUGUGGGAAGAUUAAUGAGCGAAGGAAGGAAAAGAUGGGUAUCUUUUAUCCUCUCUCUCUAAAUAUAAUAAAUAUUCAUCUUUUUGUUAUAUACAAUAAGAGACUAUAUAUAUAAAUAUAUUUCUCAGCUUUUUAAAUGUAUUUUAUAUUUCCCCUUUGAGCUAGAAAAGAGUUGCAGAGAUCUUUGAGUCUGACACAGAGACCAAACUCACAUAGCAAUCAUACACACAUCUCGACAAACAUAGCUUGAGAUGAUCAUGAAACACGUGCAUCAUCAGAUCUCUAUCAAUCCAGCUUGGUGAACAAAAAUCAAGAAAACUAUACAGUUUCAUUUGUGAAUAACGUAACAGUAUAUAAUUCGAUGGCUGCUUACUUCCACGGCAAUCCACCGGAGAUCUCAGCCGGAACCGACGGUGGUUUACAGACGUUGAUCCUCAUGAAUCCAACAACUUACGUACCAUACACUCAACAAGACGACGACUCAAACAAUAGCAGCAACAACAACAACAACACAAACAACAACAGUUUCGUCUUCCUAGACUCACACGCGCCUCCGCGAAACGCGAACCAGCAGUUCGUCGGCAUACCACUCUCUGGCCAUGAAGCUGCUUCCAUUACAGCCGCCGACAACAUCUCUGUACUUCACGGAUACCCUCCGCGCGUGCAGUACAGUUUAUAUGGCAGCCACCAAGUGGAUCCCACUCAUCAUCAAGCUGCGUGUGAGACUCCACGCGCCCAACGAGGCCUUUCUUUGACCCUCUCGUCUCAACAGCAGAAGCAGCAACAUCGCCAGACUCUCCAUCACGUAGGGUUCGGGUCAGGACCCGGAGAAGAUAUCCGGGUCGGAUCAGGCUCUACAGCAUCGGGAGUAACAAACGGUAUAGCGAAUCUUGUAAGCUCCAAGUACUUGAAGGCAGCGCAAGAGCUUCUAGACGAAGUAGUCAAGGCUGAUUCGAAUGACAUCAACACUAAGUCCCAACUAUUCUCAUCGAAGAAAGGGACAAGUGUAACUGAUACUAAAGCUGUCGGAGAAUCCUCCACCGGCGCCAGAGAAGGUUCUGAUGGCGGCGGAGAAGCUUCGGGUAAACGUACGGUGGAGCUAGGAACGGCGGAGAGGCAAGAAAUACAAAUGAAGAAAGCAAAGUUGAGUAGUAUGCUUCACGAGGUGGAGCAGCGAUACAGACAGUAUCACCAACAGAUGCAGAUGGUAAUCUCAUCGUUCGAACAAGCGGCAGGGAUAGGUUCUGCCAAGUCAUACACCUCCCUCGCACUGAAGACAAUAUCAAGACAGUUCCGGUGCUUGAAAGAGGCGAUCGCUGGUCAGAUAAAAGCGGCCAACAAGAGUCUUGGGGAGGAAGAUUCUGUGUCCGGUGUCGGGAGGUUUGAAGGGUCGAGGCUCAAGUUCGUAGACAAUCACUUGAGACAGCAGAGAGCUCUUCAGCAACUUGGAAUGAUUCAGCAUCCUUCUAAUAAUGCAUGGAGACCUCAACGUGGUCUCCCCGAACGAGCCGUCUCAGUCCUCCGUGCAUGGCUUUUCGAACACUUUCUUCACCCAUACCCUAAGGAUUCGGACAAGCACAUGCUAGCCAAGCAAACAGGACUCACUCGGAGCCAGGUGUCGAACUGGUUCAUAAACGCGAGGGUUCGGCUAUGGAAACCGAUGGUGGAAGAGAUGUACGCGGAGGAAAUGAAGGAGCAAGGAAAGAACAUGGGAUCCAUGGAGAAGACACCAAAUUUGGAUGAGAACAUCGAUGAUUCUGCUUCUAAGUCAACUAGUAACCAAGAGAAGAUCCCCAUGGGAGGAGGAGGCCUCGACGAUUACCAUCUGAAUCCCAGUCACAACGGUGACCUAGAAGGCGUCACUGGAAUGCAAGGAAGUCCCAAGAGGCUAAGAACAAGCGACGACACAAUGAUGCAGCCUAUAAAUGAGGGUUUCAGCUCGAACGAGAAGAUCACGAUGAAAAUUCUAGAAGAACGGCAAGGGAUUAGAUCAGACGGUGGAUACCCUUUCAUGGGGAGCUUCGUACAAUACCAAAUGGAUGAGAUGUCAAGAUUUAAUGUGGCUGUCUCGGACCAGGAGCUUUUAACACAGAGGUUCUCAGGAAACAUCAAUGGCGUGUCUCUCACGUUAGGGUUACCUCAUUGUGAUAGCUUGUCAUCCACGCACCAUCAGGGUUUCAUGCAGACCCACCAUGGAAUUCAGAUAGGGAGGAGCGUGAAAAUAGGAGAAACAGAGGAAUAUGGAAACUCAGCCAUAAAUGGUGGCAGCGGCUCGGCGGCAACCGCACAUUCAUCAGCCGCAGCAGCAGCGGCUUACAAUGGGAUGAACAUACAAAACCAGAAGAGAUAUGUGGCUCAGUUAUUGCCUGACUUCGUUGCUUAAAAGGCAGGAGCAACCAAACAAGGUUAUUAUACGUUUUUAGUAUUUAAAUUAGUAUAUUAUUUUCUUAUACCAUUGAACCAUAACAAAGAACAAAUUUUAAUUUUAGUCUUUGAUUACAUAUGGUCGACGGUUGUAUAUCGAUUUCUAUUUUUGUUUUUGUUUUGGUUUCUAUUGGGGGAUGAAUAGGAUUGUAUGUAUAUGGGAUUAGUUACGUGUAAUAGCUUGCUUUUGGGUGUAUACCAAAGAUACAUUUUUAUCCUUUUCUUUCACUGUAAUAAUAAGAUAGUGAUCUGAGUUA